AAAGAAUCAGUAAAAAAAAAGAGCCGAGCUCGGAGCGGAGUCUCCUCACUACUAGCGAGUACUUAUUUACCUCGGCAGCGUCCGGCCGCGGAACGUCGUAGCGGGCUUCGGCUUGCUCGUUAUUCGACGUGAAAAGGCGGAGAAGCGGGAGUGAGGAUUAGCGGAGGAGCGGGAGCGCCAGCUGGACUAUCCGGAUUAACGAGUCGCUGGAAAAGGGAAAACUAACAAGGAUAAGAGGACAUUCCCAGCCCGGUGAGGAUGAGCUCCCUGCCUGUGGAAGAAGCCAGGCUGUUUGUGGUGAAAGUUGUGAGCGGACACCGCCGGAGUGGACCGUAACCCUCCGCACGGAGACCCCCGACCCUCCCGAGUGAUCUAGGACACCGGGUACCGACACGAAGCUGAUCCGCUGCUUGAGCCCAUGCCCACGGCAGACUGCAGGCUGCUCCAUCAUGGCCGGAUCAUGAGGUGUUUGACUUUUCUUCUCCUGCUCCCAGAAACGCUGAAGAGGUCCAAGAAGGUCGGCAGGCUGCCGGUAUGUUAUGAGUCCAUCCUAACUCUGUCCUCCCUGACGAGCACGAAGAAGAAGGAGAGGAAGAUGGCUGCGGAGCUGUACCCCGCCAACACCACCGCCACCAACCUGGCUAGCGGCACCACGGUGGAGGAGAAGCCCAGAGAGGUGCAGCUGAGCCCGGCCGGCGGCGGCGGGGGGACCGCCGCGACCUCCCCCACCAGCCAGCUGAACAUCACCAACAACAACAUCGAGCCUCCGAGCUGGCAGUGCAGCCACCCCACGCUCCGGGAGAGGAACGCCCUGAUGUUCAACAACGAGCUGAUGGCUGAUGUCCACUUCAUCGUGGGGCCCUUAGGGGCCUCUCAGAAGGUCCCAGCCCACAAGUACGUGCUUGCCGUGGGAAGCUCGGUCUUCUGUGCCAUGUUUUACAGCGAUUUGGCCGAGGAAGAGUCUGAGAUCCACAUCCCCGAUGUGGAACCUCCUGCCUUCCUGAUUCUGCUGAAGUACCUGUACAGCGAUGAGAUCGACCUGGAGGCGGACACGGUGCUGGCCACCCUCUACGCCGCCAAGAAGUACAUAGUCCCCGCACUGGCCAGAGCCUGCGUCACCUUCCUGGAAACAAGUCUGGAAGCCAAGAACGCCUGUGUGCUCCUCUCCCAGAGCCGCCUGUUCGAGGAGCCCGAACUGACCCAGCGCUGCUGGGAGGUGAUCGACGCGCAGGCGGAGCUGGCUCUGGGCUCGGAGGGGUUCUGUGAGAUUGACCUGCAGACGCUGGAAAUCAUCCUGAGGAGGGAAACCCUCAACACCAAGGAGGAGGUGGUGUUCGAGGCGGUUAUGAACUGGGCCGCAGCCGAGUGCAAGAGACAAGGACUAGGACCCACAACUCGGAACAAACGGGAGGUUCUGGGCAAGGCGCUGUUCCUGGUGCGGAUUCCUGCCAUGAGUCUGGAGGAGUUUGCUAAUGGGGCGGCACAAUCUGAUAUCCUGACGCUGGAGGAGACGCACAAUGUCUUCCUGUGGUACACUGCAGCCAAGAAGCCUGACCUGGACUUCCCUCUGGUGCCCAGGAAAGGCUUGUCUCCUCAGAGGUGCCACCGCUUCCAGUCGUCUGCGUACCGGAGCAACCAGUGGCGCUACCGCGGCCGCUGCGACAGCAUCCAGUUCGCUGUGGACAAGAGGAUCUUUAUCGCCGGUUUGGGACUCUACGGCUCCAGCGGCGGCAAAGCGGAGUACAGCGUCAAAAUAGAGCUGAAGAGACAGGGGGCGAUCCUGGCACAGAACCUGACCAAGUUCGUGUCGGACGGGUCGAGCAGCACGUUUCCCGUGUGGUUCGAACACCCUGUUCAGGUGGAGCAGGACGCCUUCUACACGGUGAGCGCGGUGCUGGACGGCAACGAGCUGAGCUACUUCGGUCAGGAGGGCAUGACGGAGGUGCAGUGUGGGAAGGUGACGUUUCAGUUCCAGUGCUCCUCGGACAGCACCAACGGGACGGGAGUCCAGGGAGGACAGAUCCCAGAGCUGGUGUUCUACGCAUGAGCCGCUGGCUGUACUGAUGACUCUUAGCUAAUGUAGCAGUGAGGACACCAACGGGCCUGGCUCCAUCUGAGACUCUUUAAAAGAAAGGAGCUCUUGUUUGGUCUUAUUUAAUUUAACGUUAUUUUUUAUUUAAGCUGGUUAUUUCUGCUGCCGGUGGCUACGUCACCAGCCGAGCCUGGCUCCAGCUCCAGCAGCAAGAUCCCACCAAGAGCAGGAUUCAUGUGGUGUUCUGAUCAUAAAAGCAAAAAAGGAAGGCAGCGGUCCAUCAACGACCGCUGUUUUGCACUUCAGACGACGGCCUUUUGUAAAAUGCUGUUUGGCUGUUGGCAGCUUGCUGCUGGUAAACACCUGAUGUGUUCUGUACAAGAAAGCUUCUCCAGCUGAUAAUAAAACAGGUCAUUCUG